AUGUGUGACAGCAGCGUGCGCGCCGGCAACGUGGUCUGCUUCUGGGUGAACCACCGCGGCUGGCUCUUCGCCAAGGUCAACGCGGCGCGCCCUCUGCUGCUGCGCAAGGACGUGCUGCUGGGCUCUCCUCUCUGGGCCGUGAUGGACGUGUACGGGACCACCAAGGCCAUCGAGUUACUGGACUCCGGAGCCAGCCCAUGUGCCACCGCCACCCUGGAGGUCCCUGGAGAGGAAGCAGAGCCAGAGCCCAAAGGGGAAGAGUGCGUCAUCUGCUGCCACCGUGCCGCCAAUACUCGCUUCGUCCCCUGCGGUCACCCACACUUUUGCAGCUCCUGCGCCUGGCGCAUCUUCGAGGACACGGCGAAGUGCCCCAUGUGUCGUUGGCAGAUCGAGGGCGUGGCAGCGGUACAGACACAGAGGACUGGAGAAGACUCCUGAGAGAAGGCUUCCUGCUGGUGGCAGAUGGGCCUGGCUUGGGCCUGGCCCUAAGGACAAAGGACAGAGGAGGUGUGGUCCUGCUUGCCUCCUGGAGAGUCAGAAAGCUGGUCAGCAGCCAGAGAGGAACAGGGAUGGCUGCUUCCUCGCCUGCUCCUGAGCAGUGGACAGAGUGACCAGGGGAAGCCUCUUUCUGCCCACACCUGAUGACCCCCGCCUGAGUGCUGGCUUCCAACCCAGAGGGGCUGGGUCUCUCAUGUCAUGGCUAAGAGGUGACAAGUCUCCCUGCAGCCUCGGACCUGAGGACAGAGGAGGGAGGUCAGUAGGUGGAGCCGUCACCUCUACCCGGCCAUCAUAAAGUGACCUGUGGCUACCGCCCAGGGUGAGAUGAAGUCCCAGGUGACAC